UGUUUUGAAUUUAUCGUAUGAAAACUGAUUUAUACAUCUAGAAAACGCAUUCCUUACACGUAUUAGAAACAAGUUUUCAAAGGCUUUUAACGUUGGGUCUGCUCGACUUCAAUAUUCCUUUCUUGUUUACGGCCCUUUUAAACGCUUGCCCAAUAUGACCCCAACAUGUACAUCGCACACUUAAGCAGGUGGUUCUAUGGCCUUAUUAUUCUUAUGUAUGUGAUCUUGGCACAGUUAGUGAGGAGUGACGACCAAAUUGGAGAUGACCAAAUAAUUGUUGUGGCUACGGCAUAUACUCUGAGUUUUACCCUUAAAGAUGAACAAACAUACCAAUUCGACAAGAUUUUGUGUCGCAAUCGAAAUGGAAACGACAUAAUAGCCAACGAGCAGAAUGUUUGCGAUAAUUUGGAUCCCUGCUCCACCUACACAUCUAUAAUAACUCUAACUAGAGAGGGCGUACUGCUGCCGGACAAGAGCAUAGAAUCAAAAACGGAGUACAAAGAGCCCACCACUGAAAUCACUUCAGUAGAGUGCACAGAAAAUAGUAUUACACUAAAAUGGCAGACAACCGAUGGCAUGUGCAUUGAGUACUUUGGGAUCUCAGCUACAUCUUCUGAUAACUCAUAUUCUACGCAGCAACUAAGAGAUAGUCCCUACACCUAUACCUUUGAAAAUCUGAAUUCCUGUCAGAACUUUGACCUUAAUAUUAAAACAACAGACGUACUAAGUGUUGUAGUGGGCAACGACUCAAAAGCUGCAACAACAAAGUAUUCCGAGCCGGGAGAUUUAACAUUGAGUAUUUCGAACCAGAGCAAUGGAGACACUCGUAUUACCUGGCCCGAUGUGCAGCAUAAAACUUGUAUAAAUAUAUACAAAUUUGUGUGGAGGCGGGACAACUGCGAUGAAGGCACAACGACAUUAGUGCCUCUUAGAUAUAGAAAAACAGACGACACCGGAAAUACUAUAGUGCCUAACGUACCUAAUGAGAGUACUGUUGAGUGCGAAUGGAUGGAGACUUCGCAGGAUGGCAGCCUAAAGCAGUUUACGCUGAUGAAUUUACAAGGCUGCGAGCUACAUACAUUUGAGGUAUUUAUAAAUGAUAAUCAGACGGCCAAAUCAUCAGAGAGCUUUAUAUCGGCAGAAAAAACUCCUAGCGCCAUAACAAAUCCUACAAACAUAAUAGCAGCGACAGAGCUAUUUUGGCAAUGGGAGGAGCCCAGUUCUAAUGCGAAAUGUGUGGCAAAUUAUAAGGUAAAUCUGACUGGGCCCGCACAACGUUUGCAGUUUAACACCACUCAAAAGCUAGCCAACGACCUAUUUGUGGUGUUUGAAGAUUUAGAUCCUUGCGGAUCGUAUGAAAUUCAAAUUGUUCCAAUUUCUUUAAAUGGAACCAAUGGGCCGAGCUAUCAGAACACCGUUGUCCUUAAUGAGGACCAACCUUCAGAAAUAUGGAAUGCAUUUUGGAUAAGUGAACCGUUAUCCAUAGAGCUACAUUGGGAUACACCAAAGUAUGGCGAUCUCUGCAUCGAUAGUUAUCGUACAGUCGGCUGGCUAGAUGAAAACAUAACUGUCGACGCAUUGAGCAGGACAACUAAAGAGAACACGGUUCUCUUCGACACAGGUCUUAGUUCGUGUCAAUCAUACACAAUACAAAUAAUACCGUACACGGUGCAGAAACUGGAUGGUUUGCCAAUACAAAUGGAGAUAGAAACAAAAGCGGCCAUUGUAGACUCAAAAAAGAUCGACUUGCAGCUGGUGAGCCGAAGCUCGCACGGCUUGAAGCUGAAUGCACGUAAUCAGGACAACGACAACAGUUGCCAAACAUAUUUUGCAUACUUUAAUUGCUCCACUUUGACGAAUGUUCCAUAUAAAACCGCUGAGAGAUACGUUGAGAGUCAUACGCAAAGUUUAGGCUUCCAAGCCACUCUAGGACCUCUUUCUCCAGAUGUAGCUUACACCUGCGAUGUCAUUCUGCACAAUAUGGCUGGUGCAUCAAAAUCUAAACGAAUAUUAGAUCAACGUACCCAAGGCUAUUUUCCAGAGAAGCCUCAAAAUUUGGAAGUACUCAACAGAACCAGUAACAGCCUUUAUUUUCGUUGGAGAGAACCUAUUUACUCAAAUGGUCAAAUAAGGUUUUACAUUGUGUAUCUAAUGCUUUAUAAGCCCGCCUACUUUGUGCCUUCUAAUUGUCCAAUAAUCGAUGGUAAAAUGAAGGAUCCGAUACCAUUAAACAACUUAGAGACAUCUUUUGAUUCAUUAUUUCCGGCCAUUGAAUAUAGUAUGCAGGUAGCAGCGCAGAAUGAUUACGGUUUGGGACAAUAUACAGCGCCUCUGAUUGCUGAGACUUUGCCUGGAGUGUCCGAUCCAGUUUCGGACCUAAACAUUACCAUAAGUGGACCCAAUCCCUAUAGCAACGCAUAUAGUGCUAAUGCCACUGUGUUUUGGAAUAUGCCCUGUAAAUCAAACGGUGUAAUAGAAGCGUUUCAGGUCAAGUUUCGGGGGGAACGAAACUCCAGCCAACCGACUUACUUUAUGCGUUCGGUGCCACCUGAUACAAGUGGUGGUGGUCGCAUGUCCUAUACGGAAACAAUGCUGCAGCCGGAAUAUAAUUAUACGGUCAGUGUUGCAGUUAAAACACUUGAUGUGGAUGAGCUGAGUGAAGGCGAAUAUAAAACUUUUGAAGCACCAGCGGGCAUACCAGCGCGUUUAAGUGAGGAUGUAAUUGGCCAUAUGCGUGUCAAUGCUUAUGAAACAAAUCAUCCGACAAGCUCCGCUAUUGUUCGUCUACCAAUUGAUAUAAUGAGCUCUGAUGCGGGUACAAUCAAGUAUAUUGCCUUGUUGCUAUCGCAAAAGAGUUGUGCCAGCGUAAUGGAUCUACAAAACGACACACUGGACUCCAACCAAAAUUGGCCCCCAGUUAGGCCAUGGGAAGCGGCUGACCAAGACGGAGACUGCAUCUGCCAGUAUCAAACGACGCCGGUGCGUUGGGAACCGAAUAUUAGCACUGCCGGUUCGCAAGAAAUAACGUAUACCAUUGGUAUUGGGAAGUGUCCUGAUGAGUCUGAACCUUUUUGCAAUGGGCCCCUUAAAGCGGACACGGAGUACCAUUUGGUAGUGCGGUUGUUUACUAAAUCUGGCUACAACGAUGCGGCGUUGCUUGAGUUCAAAACAGAUGCAGCCAUCAAGGUUACGUUAAUACUAGUAAGCGUGUGCUGUUGCCUCCUAUUGGCUUUUGUGGUAGGGCUGCUAGUACUUUGGGUGCGAAAACGGAUUGCUUGGCACCGCGACUCAGGCCAAGGCAUAGAAGAUCCUUUUGGAAAUGUUACACCCAAAAAUUUUGCUAUAUUCUAUAAUGAAGUGUCAAAGCCGGAAAAAUUGGCACGCGAAUUUAAGGAGAUAACAGUAGUCGCUCAGCUCAGUUAUGCCGCUUCUGAAUUGGGAUGUCAUAAGAAUCGCUAUGCAGAUAUUUAUCCAUAUGACAAGAAUAGGGUGAUACUGGAUAUUGAUUCUGAGUGUUCGGGGUCCGACUACAUCAAUGCCUCCUUUAUAGAUGGACAUACACGCAAAAAGGAAUAUAUUGCUACGCAAGGGCCAAAGCCAGAGACAAUCAUGGACUUUUGGAGAAUGAUACUGCAAUAUAAUGUGAGGGUUAUUGUCCAAGUCACUCAAUUUCGCGAGGGUAACUCAAUUAAAUGCCACGAAUACUUUCCAUACACCAUGCGUGGUCUAAACGUGAGAGUUAAGUCAAAAGAAUCCUUUGAGCUUUAUGAACGCACUGAACUUUCUGUGGUGCAUGACCUUUACGGGCUUAAACAGAAAGUGAUUCACUUCUACUUUAAGAAAUGGCCUGAUCAUGGAUGCCCGGAAAAUCCUUUGCAUCUGAUUACCUUUCUACGCAAAGUAAAGGCAGAAAAACGUCCUAACUACUCACCAAUUGUUGUGCACUGCAGUGCAGGCGUGGGUCGUACUGGAACUUUUAUUGGUCUAGACCUAAUUAUGCAGCGGCUGAAAAGUGAAUCGAAAAUAAAUAUUUUCGAAACCGUCAAGAAACUGAGAUUUCAACGCAUGAAAAUGGUGCAAACACAACAGCAGUAUACUUUUCUAUAUUCUUGCACGUUCGAGCUGGUUAAACACAAAAUUCCUCGCAUUGCUCUUAAAUCAGAAGGCCGCGCUAAGCAUACAAUAACCCCAAUCACAGGAAAGAAGGUUAGUUUUCCUGACUCGGAUGCAUUAAAUAAUAUUGUACCGGACCCAUCUGAUGCCGAACCAGGGAAGACUUUUGAACGCAGUGAAAUGGAGGCUAAUGCACCACCACCAUUGCCUUUUUCCUCACCAUUUGCCGGCAUCCGGAAGGGUAAUGCUCCGGAAUCGUUACAUCAUCCCAAACACACCAAAGAUGGCUAAAAGACUAUUAACCAUUUUUUUUUUUCGGUGAAAACAACAAAAGCUUGGUGCUGGGAAUUUAAAAUAUUUCGUAAAUGUUACAUUUUCGAUUUGAUAUAUGCAUAUACAUAUAUUAUACAUUCAAAA